AGAAGAAAGAAGUUCCUGUUGCUCACACUAGCGCCAAACUUUGAAGAUAUUGUGAAAGGUAGUUUAAUAAAAUGGCUGAAAAAUAUUCCAAGUCUAAACUUAAGCGAAAUAAAUCGUCUGUCAAAGGCCCCGAGCCGGAAGUGUGUUCCAGGGAAACGCUGAAGAGGAAUCACAUAGCAUCGUUCUCCACUGAGAUCAGGGUGACAGCAGAGACCGGGAGGUCAGUGGUCCCUGCAGCGGUGUGGUGGAACAGUGAGCAGCUGCCUGCUGUGGAGAGUCUGUGGGCUUUGACAUUGAAGUCUGGUCUGCCUUAUCUGAAGAGUCAGCACUGGGACCUGGUUCCUGAUCUUCCACAUCCAUUUACAGAGAGAGCCACAGCACUAAAGUUAGAUGACCAGCAGUGGUGUGACUUCAGUGAAGAGGUUGCUCCCUUCCCUGAACCCUCCCCACCUUCUCCAGAACUUAGCUUCUCCCAGCAGGAGAUCUCCGUGCACACCAAACCUGGAACAGACCCACCUGAAAGACGGCUGUCCUGUCACAGCAGACAAAGUCAUAAUGACAAGAAAACAUCCCUCCAAGCCCUCCCCAAAAGACCAAGGCUGCCUCUCCACAGCUGGGAGAGGCCAUCAGCAGCAGCCGGACCCUCAAAAGUUAAGGAAAAUGAGGUGAGGAAAGGAGGAGAGCAAGAAGAAGAGACUGGACCUGACAACAAACUGUUUCUCCCAAACCAGAUGAAGGUCUCUGACAGCCGAGUUUCUCAGCAGAGGGAGAGUGAAAAGAAAAAGGAAGAGGAGGUGCAGAGAAGUGUCAGAGGAGAUGGAGGAGCAGCAGGAUGGGGAGGGUUGCAGAGCUGCCCCAUGUGCCUGAUGGUGUUCCCUGUUGGGUUCACCCAGAUGGACUGUGACGGCCACCUGGCCCAGUGUCUGUUGGAGGUGAACGUGGACAUGACCUGUUUUCCCUCUUUAGACAUUAAAUCUCAAAUUUGCCUCUACUUGAGACUGUGCACUUGGCCUCUGAUGCCUUUGAUUCCAGCUGGUGAAGAGGAUCUCAAACUAAAAUGACAAUCCAACCUGCCUCAUCCUCCGAGAGACCAAAAUGGAACUGAGCCAUAUCCUACUCACAAAAUAAAUUGGACCUUUGUGUUCUCAUUCUUUUAUUGAAAUAAAUGAUUUCAAGCUAA